AUGAGGUCAAAAAAUAAACUUGAAAAUUUUAAUGCUAAGUAUAAGGCUGUAGCUGAUCAACACAGAAGGUUUAAGACUUUUGAAGAAGGAGAGCUUGUUAUGAUACAUCUUGGAAAAGAAAGUUUUCCAACUGGUACAUACAACAAAACUAAAAUGAAGAAAUAUGGUCCUUUCAAGAUUUUGAAGAAAAUAAGUGACAAUGCUUAUGUGGUGGAUCUUCCUGCCAAUUGGAACAUAUCUAAUAUAUUUAAUGUUCAGGAAAUUUUUACGUUCCAUACUGAAAAAUCUACUGAAGAAGAUGAGGAGGAGUGUCGUAGAAAAAGUCAGGCAAGAAUCGCUCAGUGGUUAAAGAGAACAACUGCCAGGAGAUUGUUGGAUGUGGGUAAGUCUAGUACAGCAAGUACUUCUGACGAGAAUAUAAAGGAACAAACAAGCUUCAGGAUUUCUUCUUUUCGUUCUGUUCCCUUGGAACUGGUAGGAGGAGAUGAAACCAUUCAUGGUACGCUUGAGGCAUAUUUAAACGGGUUCAUAUACACAACCUCUGGUAUUCAUAUGGUUUUCAUGCAUAGAAAUAUAGGCGAGUAUUUCAUGCAACUUGGGGACAAGAUGAUGCCACCUCUCUUGCAAUUCCGCUUGAAGCACCCCAUCAUGGUGGGGACGAAAGAGACAAAGGAUAUCCAAUUCCAAUUGGUGCCAACCCCUCUGGGACAGGUUAGAUCUGACAAGGAUUCAGAGAAACACGAGCAAUUCAGGGAUAUAAGCCGUAAUGACUAUUUAAAGAAUUUUGUCGACAAAGCUCAAGAAGUUCAGAAGAUUUUCCGGAGUAUGGCUUAUCAUCCUAUAAAUUUUCAAGCACUCGAAGAGUGCGAGUUUUAUGGUGCUUUUCCCACGGGUGCAUCAGCCAUCUUUGCGGUGACAAAUUUUUCCCUAGUUGUGCUUGAAGAGACACCUUUCGUUGUGAUCCCAUUAAUAGAAGACAUUGAGAUUGUUAACCUGGCGCAGCUUGAAGUUGGAAAAAUUUAUAUGACAGUCGUAUUUGAAUACUUCAAGCGUGAUGUGCUUGAAAUUCACUCGAUUCCCUUGGAAUUUCUCACUCGCAUAAAACAUCGUCUGAACUUUGCGUUUGUGAAGUACUAUGUUAACAAUAAAAGCCUAAACUGGAAUUCCACAGUGAAAGAAAUCACAGAGUUCCCUAAGAAGUUCAUAGAUUCCGGUGGAUGGGAUUCCUUAGGUCUCGAGGAUAGUCUUACUUUGGCCUACUAUCCGAGUGCCUAUCAGGAACAAUUAGAAUAA